AUGAUGAGAGUGUUGUUUUCUCAUUUAGAAAUGAUGCAAAAGUUUAUUAACUUUUGUAAGGAGAAGAAAGUAAAAUAUGUCCAGGAGCUCCCUGAUAAAACCAAACUCAACCUGCAUGAAGAGAAUGAGGUUGUUGAUGAGUUAUACAUAGUUCAUGAGAAGUCCCCAAGCACCAAUGGCGAUAAUGGAAAGCAUGUUGCAUCAGAUAAAGGUCGCCAUCAUUAUGAAGAUGUGCGUAUUUCUGUUCCAGCAAUGCCCAUGAAUCUCAAAUCAAAGCCUAAUCGUUUCAUUAGCGAACUUCAUGUACCUGCAGUUCCAUCGUUACAAGCUCCAAUUGCAAAACCUAUCAAAGAUGUUUCACCUGAAUGCUGUAUUUUAAAGGAAACAAAAUCCAAAGGUUGCUUGGACUUGGGAAAAUUAGCUGACCAACUGUAUAACCAAAAGAAUGUGAACAUCGUGAAGACCAAGAACAUCACUCAUGCAGUUGAAGUUUUUCAUGUGUUUCGUUUUGUUUUAUGUAGCCUUGAGGGUGUUAAGCUAUUUAGACUAGUGUUACAUAUAAUUCUUUGGCUCUUUGAUGAUAGUCACCCGAGGCAAUCAAGGAAGCACUUUUUCUACCCUAGGAUUGGUGGGAGUUUGUUGUCAUAUAGACCUGUCUUUGAAGCCAAUACUGUAAAGGAUUCUUUUCUUGGUGCUAAUUCAGCGUUAAAGCUUCAUUUAGCUGAUAAACUUUGUUUUCCUAUCUUCCACGCACACGUAAAGCAUUGGUUUGUUUUCAUUGUGGAUUUGAGGCUGAGCAAAUUUGUUUUUCUGGACUCUAUGUUUGGUGAGAAUGAUAGCCUUCAAAUUCACACAAGGGCUAGUAUUAUUCCAGCGUUCAAGGAGUGUUGGUAUGAACACGCUGAAGUAAAGUUAGACCUGGAGGAUUUUUCAGUUUUGUACCCUCCUGUCCCUAAACAGAACAACAUACAUGAUUGUGGCAUAUUUGCUAUUAUGUUCAUGGAGUUAUGGGAUAACAGCGUCGAUCUUAGGCGUGUUUUUGAUCAGUCCGAUAUCCCCAAUAUAAGAGUCAAGGGCACAACUCUGUACCCGCGCCCGUGCCCGCGGGCACAGAUUCGCGCCCGUAUCCUCGCCCACCGGUUCGGGUGCCCGCGGGUAUGCGGAUUUUUUCUGCCCGCGGGAGAUGAGUGUGGUGAUGUGUCUGCUUUUGCAAAACAUGCUGAUCUCUGA